GCGUGAGGGGGGAAAGAGGGCGAAAAAACAUUUUAAUAAGCGAAUAAUACUUUACUAAGAACAAAAAACGUGACGUAACUGGAUGAGAUUGGUCGCUUAGCAACCGAAGAUGUGAAUAAACGUAUGAAACGCCCACGUGCUCUGCCUCUGCCGCGCAUGAAUGAAAAGACUACCACAACGUACUACGUCGAUUGAAAAUGGUGAGUUGUUUCCCGUUCGGUUAUCAUUACUUGAGAGACGACGAAUAUGGGCAAAUCGGGGUAAAGAAACCGUUUUUACUCGAAUGGAUGAGAAGAUCGAAAUCCGCCAGCCCUUCCUCUAAUAGAAAAGAAUGUACAAAAAUUGAAGAUGUCAGAAAGAAAUCAGUAGAGCCACCGAAUUUAUCCAUGUCAGGUGUGAAGUAUAACGUUAAGUAUAUGGGAUGCAUUGAAGUGAAGAAAUCGAUGAAGGAAUUCGAUUUUAUUACAAGAUCCGAACUUGCCAAGGAAUGUAUUAAUAGAAUAUGCGAGAAGAUAGGAAUAAAGAAUGUAAAUAAAAGAAAAAAGACAUGGAAACAAUUAAACCAUAUAUUAGCAAAAACACCAAACAUAGAACAUAGUAAAAAAAAUGUCAUUCUUAUCAUUACUAGUACUUUUCUAAAUCUGAUCCUUGAAGAUUCUGGAGAGCUUAUUGCAUCUCAUGAAAUGUCCAAUAUAUCUUUUGCUUCAGGAGGUGAUUCAGAAACUGUAGACUUUAUUGCAUAUGUAGCUAAAGAUCAUUAUAAUGUUCGAGCUUGUUAUGUUCUUCAGUGUGAACAAGGAAUUACACAAAAGGUAAUAACAGCCAUUGGACAAGCAUUUGAACUUAGAUUUAAGCAAUUUAUAAAGAAAGUACCAAGAACUGUCAGCAUUCCAGACAGACUUGAAAAAUUGAUAUUUAAAAGUUCAUUGAAUAAUGAUCCUGACUAUUAUAAUGAUUUACCUGGAAAAGUACCACCUGAUAUAUUCCCAACUGCAUUUCCUAGAUCUUAUAGACGUGACCAGAGAAGCAAUAGUGAAUUAACAAAUAUCAAAGAAGUUUGUACAACAGACUCUUCUGAUAUUUCACAUGAAAGCCUGUUUUUUACAUCUGAAUUGUCAGGUGGUAGUUCUUGCAAUCCUCCACCUCUUCCUUUUCGAAAAUACAGUCCCAGUCUACAUCAACAACAGAAAUAUUUAAUAUAUGAAGAAUGGUUUCAUGGUAUGAUUAAUAGAAGACAAAGUGAAGAAUUAGUAAUAGAAAAUGGAGAUUUUCUAGUACGAGAGUCUCAAGUAACUCCAGGCCAAUAUAUUCUGACAAGUCGACAAGAUGGAGUUUGUAGACAUUUAUUAUUAGUGGAUCCUUCAGGAAAUAAAAUACAAGGGAAGCAGUGCUUUCACAGCUUCCAUAGAUGGCACACCACUGCACUAAUUUAUUGUUUAAAUGUAGAAUAAAAUACACACAAAGGAGCAUGACACAAAGAACAGCGUGUUUGAUUGACAGAUGUCACACAUAUUUUAGGAAAGUGUUUUUAGGAACAAACAACAAAACAGAAGUAAAAUUUAAAAUAAAAUAUACAAUGAAAAGUUUUAUUUAAACAUGAAAUUCACUUCCAACAUACAUUGUUAAUUUAAUUUCUUGUUGUAAUAUGAAGGUAUGGCAAACAACAAAUAAGACAUCAAAAUAAGCUGUGAGUGUGUCUUGAAAAUGCAGGCAAAGUAGAACAAAUUGUGCAACAUGUUUAGAUAUACCAGUAUAUGACUCCAUCAGAUCAAUCAGACAAAUACAGAAAUACUAAGAUUGUGCAAAUGUCGAAAAAUCUGCAUUGACAAGUCUCAAGAGAACAAACUAUCAAAAUUCAGGACAAUUGACUGUCUUUAUAUCUAGAGAUCUGCACACAUCUUUUGGUUUUUGAAGGGAGUUUGUAAAUUGAGAACUGGUGUAUGUUAUUGUAAUUUUAUUGUCUGCUAAUUAGCAUAAUUUUUAAACUUGAAAAUUUAAGUUCAAUAUAAUAACUUCUGAUUAUCUAAAAUGAAUUAAAGGAAAAUGUAACUAACUAUUAUAAAUUCUCAACUCAAUAGUAAAUGACACUUAUU